AUGAGGUCAGGAAAGCCCUCAGUCACAACACCGAUUUUUCUGGAUCAGCCUGACUUCGCGGCUUCUCUCAGCAAGUUGGGGAAUGGACAGGCCACUUGCCAGUUCCACCAGAUGACGGCCAACACCCUGGCCAACAAGAUAAGGGCAUGCCUCUCAGAUGAGAGCAUUCAGAAGAAGGCCGCCGAGAUUUCAUCAGCGCUCAGGGCGGAGGACGGCGUCCAGACUGCGAUCGGCAAGAUAAAGACUUUCGUCGAGGGCCCUAUGAGCAACGGGGAGUGGCUGGCAUUGCUUCAGCACCGACUCAGCAAGCGCCGGGAUGCGCGCGAGGCGAAGCACAGUGGGACUUCGUGCUUCUGCUUCGGGGCCCUCGCAACCAGGAGGUCCUAA